AUGACGAACGAGUAUCCUGGACUAAUUUGGCUACAGCUCCCGCGUGGUGCCACAGUGCAAGAUGGGUCAGCCAAGGCAUGUGACACCGUGGGCAUUGUCUUGGUGUCCCUCCUUUGUCUCGUGUCCCUAGCCGUCUGCUUCUUCGGGUAUCGCAUCUACAAGUUGGCCUUCAACGUCUUCGCCUUUCUCGUGGGGUUCGGGAUCGAAGCGGCGGUGGGUGCCGCCUGGGUGAGCCAGCAGGGCGUCCAGAGCGGCGUCACGGAGAAGAUCAUCAUCUUGGUCUGCUCCAUCCUUUGGGGGGUGCUAUUCCUUGUAAUGGCGAGCAAGCACCGGACCAAAAUCGAGCAGUUGCUGGGCUAUAUCUUCGGCAUUUGCCUGGGGUUGCUCAUCACUUUUUUGGUGCUGUACUUGGUCGAGAGGCCCCUGAACGAAGCCUUUGGUCAGAAACACCAGGGCUGGGAGCAGUUUGCAGGCAUUACGCUGGGCGUGCCGAUUGCGCUGCUCACUGGCUACCUCUGCAGGAAUCAAGUGAAGCAUCUGGUCAUGCUGGUCACCGCCUUCGUGGGCGCCGCGGCGGCCUGGCGCUCCGGGUACACCCUGCUGGAGUGCGGCCAGGUGGAGUCAGAAGUCUUGGACAAGCACUACAUUCACCUGAUCAUCUUCAUAGGCUUGGGCUUGAUGGGCUUCGUGGUACAGUUCUUCAGCCAGCCCCGCCUUGCAAAGUGA